AUGCUGACCGUCUUAGCACUGCUGGACCACUACAACAACCCUCGUAAUGUCGGUUCGAUGAACCGUAAGGAUCUCGAUGUCGGCAGCGGUCUCGUCGGUGCUCCCGCUUGCGGUGACGUGAUGAAGCUCCAGAUCCGUGUCGACAAGGACACCAACACGAUUUCCGGUACGCCCCCGCCAUCCAUCAUCGAUAUAAUGGACGACCCCGCUAACAUGCUCACCAUAGAUGUCAAGUUCAAGACCUUCGGCUGCGGCAGCGCCAUCGCCAGCUCCAGCUAUCUGACCGAGCUGGUCCGCGGCAUGACCCUCGAGGAGGCCGGCAAGGUGACCAACGUCGCCAUCGCCAAGGAACUCUGCCUGCCCCCCGUCAAGUUGCACUGCUCCAUGCUCGCCGAGGAUGCCAUCAAGUCCGCCAUCUCCGACUACUACACCAAGAACCCGCAGGCCCGCAAGACCGACCUGAGCGGCACCGGCGCCUCCAUGCCCGACAUCAAGGUCGAGGUCGAGAAGACCGAGUCCGGUGCAUCGGCCAGUCUGUAA